GUCAUGACUCAUGAGCCACACCAUCUGGAUUCUGGACCAUCAACAACCUCACCAAUUUUGUUUAAUCUUUGUUCCUUCAUAUUCCAUGCAGAAGCAAUACCACUCUUGUCUGGACUGGACAGCGUCACUGGUAACAUCAGAGCAUCAAGCACUGACAGCUCCUCGAGUUUCAUGCUCAUCAGAGCAUCUGCAACCAAGUCAUCACGUGCCAUCCAGACACGAUUCACGAACCACUCCCAUCUAUCUGUACAUGCAACCUUGACAUCCCAAACACAUCAGAUGGUGAUGGUGUUCUUGUUCGUGAAAAUUAACACCAACAAUACGUACAGUAAUUUUGCCUUAUAGAUAUUAGAUUCUCUAAAUGAUUCUUUUGUUUGUUUGUUAAUAAAUGCUACAAUGCACAUAUAUUACAGUAAAAACGUAAAAACAAUAAAUAAUAAUUUGCACUUACUAAAACUAGUCCAUAGUUGACAAAAAAAGAAACAAAGUGACGCAAUCUCAAGCCUGGAGAAGGUUCAAUCAAAAUAAUAAUAAACCGGUUUUCAGACGGCCGACAUAGACCCGGUUUAGAGAGAGAUAUAUAUAUAUAUAUAAAUAACGCAAUCUCGUUAUAACCUUCUUCUUAACGAAGAUCUGCUACAUUAUAUGAUUCAGGCUUCUCUUCUCUUCCCCCAAUUAUCGAGAUUUCUAGGGUUUCGAUCUUCGCUGCUCUUUUGAUUUCUCCAGGAUUGGAUUCUCUGCUUCCUCUCUCGAUUUAUCGCCAAUUUCGCCUCGAUUCGCUCAAUUGCAUCCCAUCAGUCCCUCUGAUCGGCUUCGCCUCUAGUGGAUUCUGAUGCGGUGAGAUUCGUUCAUUGCUGGUUUGAUGAGGAAGAAGCGGAAAGGUAGCGAAACUGAGGGUUUCGAGAAUUUACAAGAGGAUUUGUCAUCAUGUGCAAAUGCGUCACGAUCGUCCAACUUCAGGUCGCAUUUUUCGCUAGAGGGUUACGCUAGACUUAAGAAGCGGUGCAAGGAGAAUGAUACUGUUGACGAGGAGUCCGUUGGCUCCUUUAAGAGACGGCUCGCCGGCGUUGCUACUGCGCCUCCUUGUGGUGCGUCCUCUUUGGUUUCGUCAGGGAGAGGUUUGAAGAGGAAGAUUGGGUGCAUUGACGUUUCCACGCAGACUGGCAGGAAGAAUAAGAUUGACGAUGAUUAUGUGUUUGGUCCUAAUAUUGGGAAAGGUAAAUUCGGGUCGGUUAGGAUCUGUAGGUCGAAGAAUAAUGGGAUUGACUUUGCUUGUAAAACUCUGAAGAAGGGGGAGGAGACUGUUCACAGGGAGGUUGAGAUAAUGCAGCAUUUGUCUGGUCAUCCUCGGGUUGUCACGUUGCAUGCUGUUUAUGAGGAGUCUGAUUGUUUCCAUCUUGUGAUGGAGCUGUGUUCCGGGGGACGUUUGAUUGAUCAGAUGGUUAAAGAGGGUAAGUAUUCUGAGCAGAGAGCAGCUAAUAUAUUCAAGGACCUCAUGCUAGUUAUCAAAUAUUGCCACGAGAUGGGAGUUGUGCAUAGAGAUAUAAAACCUGAGAAUAUUCUACUAACAGCUGCUGGGAAGAUACAGCUGGCUGAUUUUGGACUUGCCAUGAGAAUUGCAAAAGGUCAAACAUUGUCUGGAUUGGCGGGAAGUCCUGCUUAUGUUGCACCGGAAGUUCUCUCUGAGAACUAUUCAGAGAAAGUCGACAUUUGGAGUGCAGGAGUCCUCUUAUACGCUCUCUUAUCUGGUGUACUCCCGUUUAAGGGAGACUCUUUGGAUGCAAUUUUCGAAGCAAUCAAGAAAGUGAAGCUUGAUUUCAACUCGGGAGUGUGGGAGUCAGUGUCCAAACCAGCCCGUGAUCUGUUGGCAAGAAUGCUAACAAGGGAAGAAUCUUCCAGAAUCACAGCGGAUGAAGUGCUAAGGCAUCCGUGGAUACUCUUCUACACAGACCGGACACUCAAGACGAUGUGUAUCAAGUCGAAGCACAAGAAUCAAACAGGACCUCCUCCAUGCCUCCAGAUUCGCAGCCAAAUAGAGAAAAUUGACCUAAACAGAGCGAACAGAGAGAAGAAUAAGACAACAUCUGAUUCACCGACUGAUUCAUUCUCCAACACAGAGGAGGAAGAAGAUGAGAGCGGUGUGGUCGAUGUGCUUGUGGUUGCGAUCUCCAACGUGAGGAUCUCAGAACCAAAGAGAAGCAGAGUCUGUAGUCCCACAAGCAGCCCAAUUGAACAGCAACACUCUUCUAACCUGACCACGACUAAUACACUCUGUCGAGCCUUCUGACAAAACCAGCUUCACACACACACACAUAUAGGCUUCUCCCAAGUCUCAAAAGUCACGCCAUAUGAUCUUAGUGACUGUAUUCUGUCAUAAAUCAUAAUAGUUCUCUAAUAGUUGGAUUUGAUUUGAUUUGAUUUGAUCUGAUUCUGAUUGUCCCUUCUCCAUUCCUGACUAUGUUGUACAGAUCAUGUAAAUAUAGAAAUAUUCCAAAAUGCUUGAUAAGAUUUUUUGUCGGAGUUA